UCAAAAUCGAAAUUUUCAAUCGAUUUUAUCUGUUAUUCUUAUCUUAACAUCAUGUUGCUAUAAAGUAUAUAGGUUCUGGCCUUACAUAAAUAGCAUGUAAUCGCAGCUGGAUAUCAGUCUCUUGCUCUAGUAGACUUCACUCCUCUAUUACUGACCAAUUAGUAAAAGAAUUGUAAUUAAUAAAAGAGUCCUUGACCUUUUUCAACGAUUAAUUAUGAACUAUUUAACAAGAUUGUUAAUUCGAAGUAAACGAAUUGCUUAUUUACCAAAAUACGAAGACUUUUUAAAGACUAAAAGUAAUGCGAAAAGACCAAAACCUGUUCUAGAUGGUGUUAAGUUUCGAAAAUUCAAAAAUGAAGACACACGAAUAUUAGCAAAAUAUCUAACGUACGGUCACACUAAAGAAUAUUCUUUCAUUGUUGGAGAGGAUAAUUUAGAAACUAUAGUGGAUUUUUGGUUCAAAUCUGUAGAACAAGACGAAAUAACUAAACGGAAUUUUAUUGUUGCAGAGGUAGACAAUAAAGCCAAAGGUUUCUUGAAAAUGCAGGAUUUCAAUAGGCAGGAAAAAGCUUUGCCAGUAAGUGAAGUAUUUAAAACUGUACCAUUUUUCGGAGCAAUAAAACUACUAUUAACAUUUUGGCAAAUGGAAAUUAUUUAUCAAUAUGCUGACGAAAGUGAUCAAUAUCUUGAAUUUAUGGUCGUAGAUUCUAAUCUAAGGGGAAAAGGUAUUGGAUUCAAUCUAAUGAAAUUCGCAGAAUAUAUAGCUGAGCAAAGAGGGGCAAAGAAAAUGACUUUAACUGUAUUUUCCGAAUAUGGAGACCAAUUGAGCCUCUAUAAAAGACUUGGUUAUAUCAUUACUCAGGAAAUUCAAUGUCCAAAAUUCAUUAAUUUUGGUUAUAAAAAAACUUUCAGAAUGGAAAAAUAUUUGUAGCUACUCUCUCGUAACCGAUAAAUUUAUUUUUAGAAAAAAAACAUAUAAACUAUAAUCUUUACUAAAAAAGAUUAUGAGUGAAAGAUGAUUAAAAGAAUGUCUAUUUAUAAUUUGGUAGAUAAUAAAAAGUAAACAUUAACUACUAGUAGGCC